CUAUGGCAGCAAAUUAGCAAAGCCCUCCAACGACGUUCUGAUGCUAUUCAGAAUGCCAUCAACCAUUACAACACCCAGGCUGCUGCUUUGGUCCCCCCUCGGCUGACACUGGCAUGGAAAGACAUUGUUGAAUAUAGCUUCCUUGGCGAGUUUGACCUCUUGUGGCACUCACGUACUGACAUCCAUGAUAAUGAUUGGACUGCGCCUGCUCAUCGUGAAGCCACCAUGAAAUACUUCAAGCUUCAAUGCGCUCAUGAAGAAAUUCAGCGUCUCAAUGUUGAAGUCCGUCAUCUGCGCACAGCAAUUCAUGAUGAAGAAGUUAAAACCAUUGCAACCAUUCGUCGGCUCCUGGAGCUAGAUCACACGCUGACACUGGAGUUGAAACAUCAUUAUCAAGCACGUGCUACAGUCAAUGCCGUGCAUCUGUUCCGAUUAGGUCAACUGGAGUCGCAGCAUAUGUUUUCAGGCAGACGGGGCAUUGGUGUCCGGCUUGGAAGUCCUUCAUUGUCACCGCACAAUCAGUCAGAGGCAACAAGUUCAUCACCACACGCUGGUCUGUAG